AUGGAUGUGACGCGAGUAGGUACUCUAGUCGGAGAAGACAAGUUCGGCAAUAAAUAUUACGAAGACAAUUCGUAUUUCAUGCCUCGCAAUAGAUGGGUUGAAUACCCGGAAAAGGCAUCGCUGGCUUCAUCACAUAGCCGCAUGACACGCCACACUCCAGAACCCUGUCCAAAAAACGAAGAGUAUGCGGUGAUGCCAACAGAAGAAAACCUGUCCAUUUUCCAAGACAAGAAGUACGUCCCCUACUCGACAACUCGUACGAAAAUUCAAGCAUGGCAGCCGGGACAGAAGAAGCAAGAGUAG